ACAAACAUAGAAUUCAGUUGCAAAACUUGUCAUCACUUCUUACAUUAAGAAAGUCAUUUUUUUCAUUUCGAAAGAACUUGCAUCAUAAGAAGAUAUUUUUCAAAAAUUUUAUCCAACCAAACAAGAAAAAUUAAGAAGCAUUUUUCGAAAUGUAUUUUACUUCCUACCAAACACACCCUUAGAAAAAAAAAAAAAAAAAGACAAAGAAAAUCCCCAGUGUUUUUCUUUUUCUAUUCUAUUUAGCAAGUACUAUCUGUCUUCUGGCUUCAUUAAAAGCACUUUCUUCUCUCCCCCUUUACACCUAUACAUACAUACAGUUCAUCAUAUAUAUAUAUAUGUAAUGUUCUGCAGGACACCGUUUUUUAGCGGCUAUGGAAGUUGAAUGAAUAUGCAAAAAAAAAUACUACUUUUUAGUUUUCAUUCUUUCUUUACACCUUGGUUUCUAUUUUGAUGCGUUGCUUUCCUAUUAGGACGGUUGAACUUUCUUCUUUAUGUUUAUUUGAUUUGAAAAAAAAGGUGCCCAAAACAAAAGUUCAUCUUUUUGUCCUUCCUCCUUUCUUUCUUUCUUUCCUUCUUUCCCUUUUUUGAGCAUAUCUGAGAUAGCAAACACCCUUUUUGUGGAUAGUUUUGGAGCUUCAUUCAUGCAAAGAUGAAGUCUUUGAACACUGUUUCCGUGCCUGAUCCUAAAAGUAGAUCAUGUCUCUGCAGUGUCGUCUUGAUUGUUGCUUUGAUUUGUGCUGUCUACUUUACCGGAAGCGCUUUGAUGGCUAAGGAUUCUAGGGCUUUUUCAGGUUUUACAGUGAACCGUGCAAAGCAGAAUGGACAAUGUGGAAAAUGCGAGGUAUCACCACCAAGACAGGAAAAGCAAGAGAGUCGUGUGACAGAGAAUGUGCAUGAAAAUAAAUGCCAGAAAACGUGCAGGCCAUUCGGGAGUGAGGCACUCCCAGAAGGAAUUGUUUCUAAAACAUCAAACUUUGAGAUGCGCCCAUUGUGGGGAGAUGUUGAGAAGAAGUCUCCACAUUCAGUUAACCUGUUGGGAAUUGCAGUUGGAAUAAAGCAAAAAGAGUUGGUGAACAAAAUUGUGAAAAAGUUUCUUGAACAUGACUUCGUUGUGAUGCUUUUCCACUAUGAUGGUGUGGUGGACGAGUGGAAUGAUCUGGAUUGGAGUAGUCGUGCCAUACAUAUCUCUGCUAUGAACCAAACAAAAUGGUGGUUCGCGAAGAGGUUUCUGCACCCAGACAUAGUUUCUGAAUAUGACUAUAUUUUCCUGUGGGAUGAGGACCUUGGAGUUGAAAACUUUCAUCCGGACAAGUAUAUAUCUAUUGUUAGAGAAGAAGGGCUGGAGAUAUCACAGCCAGCACUUGAUGCUAGAAAAUCAGAGGUACAUCAUCAUAUUACUGUACGCAGAGGGAGAUCCAAGGUGCACAGGAGGUUCUACAGAUUACAUAAAAGUGGCCAAACGUGUGAUAACAACAGCACAGAACCUCCUUGUGUGGGGUGGGUAGAAAUGAUGGCUCCGGUAUUCUCAAAGGCCGCGUGGCGUUGUGCUUGGUAUAUGGUCCAGAAUGACCUGAUCCAUGCAUGGGGCUUGGAUAUGAAGCUUGGUUAUUGUGCGCAGGGUGAUCGGACGAGAAAAGUUGGUGUGGUUGAUGCUGAAUACAUCACUCAUUUGGCUGUCCCUUCUCUGGGUGGUAAUUCGGAUGUGGAAACGGUGAUCAAAGAAUUAGAUCAUUCGCUGCAAGGGAAGAACUUAUCUGAUUCGGAUGCAUUGGCUGCUCCAGUUGAGAAAUUUGAUAAUCGGUCUCUGGUUAGGAGACAAUCGUAUAUCGAGAUGAAGAUUUUUCGAGAGAGGUGGCGUAAAGCCACGAAGCAAGAUCAAUGUUGGGUUGAUCCAUUUCAAAGUAAAGAAAAAGGAAGAACAGCCACAUACACAUAAAUGACUUUUCUCAUAAUUUAUAUAUACAUUCAGUUGUUUAUGUACACAUUGUAUACAGAGAGCACCUAAUAGUAAAUACCAUACCAGACUCAGAGAAAUAUGCAUCAAGAGCCACAGUUACACAGAAGGGGGAGCUCAACUGAUGUUGCUGCUAAUUUGGAUGUGGAAAAUUCACUUGUCGUUUCUUUCUUUGUUUCUUUUUCUUCCCCUUUUUGGGGAAUCAUAAAUUUUGUGGUAUUUGUAAAUACCAUUUUUUUUUUCUCUUUUUUCCAUUGGUUUUUUGGUGCAAGAAUAAUGCCAAGGUGCUGUAUAGAUACGUUUAUGACAUUCACUUUGGUGAUUUGUUUUUGGUCAGUAAUAAGAUUAUUGCUGAUAAUUACUAUUC